GUCGCUAGCGACACCUUUUGAUGAAAGUCGGGACGCUGAUUUGCUGAUUGAGUCCGUGAGCAGUGUCAGUCAUUUACGCCAGUACAGGGUUGAGUCAUUAUGCGCAUGCGUUGCAACUUCACUCUCGGGGCUGGCUACCGCGAUUUCUCAAUUCUCCUCAGGCGAUUCCAAGAAUCCAAAAGGCCAUCUAUAGCCUUGCAUCUAUAGCCUUGUUGUUCCAUAAUCUAUAUACCCUGAUAUCUAUAGGGCAAUUCUCAGGAGCCCAUUACCGUGGAGCUCGUUUCACGCCAGCUUCACGCCACUCCUCUUCAGCGUGCUUCACUGAAGCGGUGAAUUGGGUUUCUAUGGAAACAUCAAUAAGCUUGGACGCUCACAACCAACUCUCAACGCUCAGCUCACAGCUUGGCUCACAGUCACAACGCAAAGCGUCGAAAGCGCCGAGCCGAUUCUGGUGCUGUGUGUCUCAGGGGUACCUACUAUGGAGUGGCGCGCUGCGGAGCCGCGUCCGCUGGAGUCUCUGCCGGCCGUCAGCAGCGCAGGCUCGCUGAUGCUGGGCUCACAGGUGGUGACACUGGAAGAGGUGCCUCUUGCCGUGCUGCCACACAGGGGCCCGCUAUGCCUGGUUUGCUGCACUGAGCUAUCUGAUGGCGACAAGGCCUGGCAUGCACACAGCACCUACACUGAGGAAACGAAUAUGACGCUGCACAAAAGACUGUCGGUGAUCCUGCGGGAGCAGGUCGACCCGGCCGGUCAGGUGGUGUGCGGCGCCUGUUUCGGGCUGGUCAUCUACGUGGACGAGUUUGAGCAGAAGGUGCGCUCUGCCGAGGCCGACCUGCGCCAGCGGUUCCAGCGCUGCCGGCGCCCGGCGGACCCGGCGCGGCAGGAGUCGGAUGGCGUGCCACAGCCCUCUCCGUCGGCUGACGCCUCAUCCCAGGAUGAGGAGACUAAGCCAGCGGCUGGCGGCUGCGAGCCGGCGGAGGAGGCGACUGCCCCGGCCGCCGGUGACGGUGACACCUUCCCGUGCGGUGUGUGCGGCAGGACCUUCUCCACCGAGUACGGCCUCUCCAUCCACCGAAGGGUGCACCCAGAUUCCAAGUCAAACGUCUGCGAGUACUGCAGCAAGGUGUAUCCGACCCGGGCGAAGCUUAUGAAACACAUGCGCUCUCACACCGCCGAGCGCAAGUUCCAGUGUCUCGAGUGCGGCAAGCUGUUCCGCUCGGCCGACCAGCUGGCCGUCCACGCCAAGUUUCACACCAACGAGCGGGCCCAUCUCUGUACCGUGUGCGGAAAACGGUUUGUACAAGUUGGCGAUUUGAAUAAACACGCUCGCAUCCACUCCGGGGAGAAGCCCUUCUCCUGCGAAGUCUGCUUCAAAAGGUUCAAACGUUCCGACGAGCUGAAGAACCACCAGCGAUUCCACACUGGCGAGCGGCCGUUUACGUGCGAGUUCUGCGGCAAGAUGUUCAUCCAGAGCGGCGACCUGCGACGCCACCGGCGGAUCCACACCGGCGAAAAACCCUACUCGUGCGAGUACUGCGGAGCCCAGUUUAGACGUAACGACCAGUUGACCCAGCACGUGGGCAUCCACACGGGCGAAAAGAGCCACGUCUGCCACACGUGUGGCCGCGGCUUCGCCACGCAGGAGCUGCUGGCCAAACACUCUGUGUCGCACACGGGCGUCCGGCCGCACAUCUGUCCGCACGACGGCUGCUCAAAGUCGUUCUACAAGGCCGAGGAGCUGGCCAAACACGUACCCGUGCACAGCGGCGUCAAGCCGCACGCCUGCGAGUUCUGCUCCAAGCGGUUCGUGCGCGAGGAAUCACUGAAGGUGCACCGGCGCGUGCACACGGGCGAGCGGCCUUUCUGCUGCGAGACGUGCGGCCGGCUGUUCGUCUCGCAGAACUACCUCAGCUCGCACCGACGCAUCAUGCACACGGGCGACAAACCUUUCAGUUGUGACACGUGUGGAAAGACGUUCCUGAAGCGGACGCUACUGGCGGUGCACAUGCGCUACCACACAGGCGAGCGGCCGUUCCAGUGUCAGCUGUGUGAUAAGACCUACAUUCAGCAGGGAGAUCUGCACAAUCAUAUGCGCGUGCACACUGGCGAGCGGCCGUUCCUGUGCAAACAGUGCGGGAAGGCGUUCGCGUCCCGUCCGCAUAUGACGGCCCACGUCCGUCGGGUGCACGGCGCCGGCUCCGGCCACACCUGUGUCCGCUGCGGCGGCAUGUUCAGCAAGCGGACCGAGCUGCAGGCGCAUCAGGACAAGUGUGGCAAGACUGGACUGCUGUCGCCGCCGCCGCCGCCUCAGCAGCCGCCGGCGGCGGCCGUGCAGCCGGCGCUGCCCACUGAGCCGAUGGUGCAGCUGUUUGUGAUGGACCUGCCGGAGGGACAGGAGAGUCAGGUGAUCAGUCUGGCGACGGAGCACCAGCUGCACCAGCUGUCCGCAGUAGCUGCGCAGCAGCAGCAGCAGCAGCAGCAGCAACAGCGGUAAUGCCGGCAGCGCGGUAUGUUUCCGGAUGGCGGGAGCUGUGUGUAGCCAGCGCCGGUCUCCAUACCAACAUGAUCUCGCCCAGCGUUUCGUCCCAACUGUGAAGCCCCCAAUGUUCCCCUUUGGACACAGGCAGCUGCUGUUAGUCUCGGCGUGAUGGAGACCGCAGCUCAUUUUCUGAAUGGGAGGACGGAGCCGAUCGUCUUCACCACCAUCAGAGGUCGGGGAUUCAAUCUCGAAAUCGACCUACGUUGAGCGUGGUGGUGAUAAAAGAGAGAUGCUGUACUUGACGUUGCUGCUGGAAGACCUAGUGACAAUCGUGUAACGCUUGUGAUUUGUCUUCCGCGAGCCCAUCUGUUAAGCUUCUGAAUGAAACUCUAUUUGAAUGCUGAAUGAUCAUGGCUACUCAGGGUUUACUAUUUUUGUAUUCUUAUAAGCAUUUUGAUGUGUUUUUUCU